ACACUCUCUUGUCUCACACUGCAUUUAUGUACCCCAAAACUCUCACUCAAAUCUAUGCAUAAAACACUCUCCUCAGUCCGUUCCUUCUCCUUCAUGGCUCUCCUCUUUCUCCCACUUGUUCUCAUCCUCUUUGUUCCCUCAACCAAUGCGGGAUCUUGGCCACCCUCCCCGGGUUAUUACCCAAGUUCCAAGUUCAGGUCCAUGAGCUUUUAUAAGGGUUACAGAAACUUAUGGGGUCCGGGUCAUCAGAGUACAGACAAUAAUGGCAUUACUAUUUGGCUUGAUAGAACCUCAGGAAGUGGGUUCAAGUCGGUUAAACCAUUUCGAUCCGGGUACUUUGGCACCUCCAUCAAGCUCCAACCUGGUUAUACAGCUGGCGUGAUCACGGCUUUCUAUCUUUCAAACAGUGAAGCUCAUCCAGGGUAUCACGAUGAAGUGGAUAUUGAGUUUCUUGGAACAACAUUUGGAAAACCUUAUACUUUGCAAACCAAUGUGUAUAUCCGAGGAAGUGGGGAUGGUAGAAUUAUUGGGAGAGAGAUGAAAUUUCACUUGUGGUUCGAUCCGACCAAUAAUUUCCAUCAUUAUGCCAUUUUGUGGAGCCCCAAAGAAAUCAUAUUCUUUGUUGAUGAUGUGCCCAUAAGAAGGUAUCCAAGAAAAAGUGUUGCAACAUUUCCUCUAAGACCAAUGUGGGUAUAUGGGUCGAUAUGGGAUGCAUCAUCGUGGGCAACUGAAGAUGGUAAAUACAAAGUCGAUUAUAGGUACCAACCAUUCAUUGGAAAAUUUAAUAACUUCAAAGCAAGUGGCUGCACAGCCUAUGCGCCGCGCCGGUGCCACCCAGUCUCUGCCUCUCCAUUUCGCUCUGGAGGCCUUAGCAGGCAACAGAACAACGCAAUGCAUUGGGUUCAAAGUCACUACUUGGUGUACAACUAUUGCAAAGACUAUAAAAGAGACCAUUCUUUAACACCAGAAUGCUGGCGUUAAUUCAAGAAUAGUUUGAUCUAUCCACAUUCAUGUAUCAUCAAACAAUCUUGCUUUUAAAGUGAGAUUUUUCCUGCUUUAAUUUGGGAGGGGGUUUUCUUGAAUUGGGUCCCUCUUGUCGAUACCAAGCCACCACACAAGAAGAAAAAAGUUUGCAUUUUGGGCGGUUCAUUUAGGUAUAUUAGUUAAAUGGACAGUACAAAGUGUGAGAGAGGAGGGAGAAUUCAAUAAUGUGCGCAUUCGGUUGUCAUUUCCUAAUAAAGCAAAAUAUUUUUUUCGUAA